CAGCCUCAUGGAGUCAUAACUUUUUAGCAUGUCUCGGCUACAUCCCAUCCUAUCAUUCAUACUACCGGUAUACCGUGAUUCCGGAUACCGGUACGAGUACAUCGAGCAGGUACUCCACGACAUAGCUGACCUGUAUCCAUUCUAUUGAUAUAGAGGAGCUUUCUCUACCAGAACUAAAACUAUUUCCUUCUCGAUCCCUAUUCACAAUUCUAGAACCAUGGACGACAAGAGCCCCCCCUUCACUCAUGAUCGCCCUCCUGCCAAAAAACCCUACCUUCUUCCCCCCGAAAUUCUUUCCCUAAUAAUCCAACACCUAACUCCGCAAGACAUCCUCUCACUCUCACUAACAAACCAUUAUCACAACGCGUUCACAAGCACUGAAGCUUGGCGAAUCUACCUACAAACCCACCUCCCCACAGCGCACACCCAGAUCCUGCAGGAGUACCACUACCAGCAGCAGCAGCAGCAGCAUGGGCCUCAAUACCAAGGCUCGAAAGCCAAUUGGGCAAGAUGGGCCGAGGAAGCCACCCGCGUAUCCCGCAAUUUCUCCCGUGCAGGAUUCGUCGCCACAGCACUCAGGCCCGCAAUACACAUGUACGUCCCGCGGGGCCCCCGCAGGGGUCCUGGUGGCGGACAGGUCAACGCAUGGCUCUGGGAACCGGGCACUCGAGGCGCCAGCGGCGGGAGAAGGCAGACUGUGGCAUACCGCCCCAUGGUUGACUCAUACAGUGAAUUCCGCGGCGAUCGGGAUGUGCUAGCCAUUGGCGCGGGGCAGGAUAUCAUGGUUAGUAAAGGUUGGGGUCAGCGCGGGGCCUUCUGGUGGGGGUUCGAGAAUCGCGAGGAGAGGGGGGGAAGGGACGAUGUCACGGGACUGCAUUUGUUGAGGCCGUAUGAGAAGGCUGGGAAUAAGGAUGUGGAGGUCGCGCUUGUUGGGAGGGCGAAUGGCAGGCUAGAAAUGCUGGAGUUGGAUACGCGGGGUGGAGUCGGGGGCACGUGUAGGUCGAAGGUUGUGGUUCGGUAUCAUACGGACGGAAGGAAGGUGAAGGGGAUGGAUAUGAUGCAUGAGGGAAAUGGAGGGGGGGUUCUGAUGGGGGCGAUAUUGAAUAAUCCUUCGUUGAGCAUAUACAAUGUUCGGCAGCCUGUUGGUGCGGGGGAGCCAGUGAGGACGGCUAAUCAAGCGUCUGAAGUACAAUUUAUUGAUGAGCAGCCGUGGGAAGUUUCUUUCCUAGAUCAUACGAAGGUUGCUGUAGGGAAGGCUUCUACCAAACCGAUUGCUAUUCAUGCAAUUACACCCUCAGGGCUUACGCAGGAGCCAAUAAGGGAGUUUUCGGCGAAAGACUGUGCAGACAUGAGGAGUGCUUCUGUCUACGUUAUCAAGCCCCUGCCCAGGGGUUCUGCGGGUGCGAGCGCUAAUGGAGAUGUAUUCCUCAGCGGAUGCUGGGAUGGAAUAGCGAGGCAAUUACCCUCCCCCUUCUCUUCCCUCCACCGUCACUUUCUAACAUGCACUCAGGCUCCACGACCUCCGCACCCCUCAACCCGCAAUCUCCCAUUUCUGCGAUCCCAUAGACUCCCAAACACCCAUCUUCUCUCUCCUUCCGCUCUCCAGCCACACCUUUGUAACCGGCGCAAGCCGAUACGGCCUGCUAAAGUACUUCGAUAUUCGCUCCCCCUCCUGCUCCCCCUCCGCCUUCUCGCCAAAAAACUGGGCAACAUACAUCCAAUCCCGCACCGAAGGCGACCGGGCAAGCCCCGUGCACUCCCUCGCACUUGGCGGUGGCGGGAAGACAGUGUAUGCUGGUUUGCAAGGAAGGGUUUGGGCGUUGGAUUUUUGGGGAAAGGGCGUGGGGAGAAGGGAUGGUGUUCGCGAGGGGUUGAGUAUGUAUUUGCUUCACGAACCAAUGACCUAUUUCACGCAGGGUAG